UUCCUGAGACCUGGGGUCCAUCAUGGGGUUUCCUGUCACUUCAAGAACUCGGACGCUAGGUGUCCUCCACUCAACUCAGAUAGUCUGUGCUGUGGAUAGAAUCCAGGGCCGGUUUACAUGGUAGGCCAGCCUUUUACCCUUGAGCUGCAGCCCACAACCCCUUGCUUGGUGAGUGUUAGGCAAGUUUUUUCUUCUGAGCCAUGUGUUUGUCCUCUUGAUUGUGGGUGCUUGGCAGGUGCUCUACAAUUGAGCCAUACCUCCAGCUUGUCACUGGUGGGUUCUAGGUAGGUAAUGCUCUAUUACCAAGCUGUGCUCACAGCCCCUCACUGGUGACUGCUAGGUGAAGCUCUACCUUUGAGCCUCUCACUGGUGGAUGCUGUGGAAAUACUGUACCAUAAAGCCAUGUAAUCAGCCCCUCACUGGUGCUUGCAGGUACUCUACCACUGAGCCAUGCCUCUGGCACCCCAAUACAGUGAGGUGCUUGACCACAAAAUCAUGCCUCAAGCCCCUCAAGACAGGUGUUCCAUUGCUGAGCCGUGGCCCAGCCCUCCACUUGUAGAGAUACUUAGGAAAACAUGCGUCUGCUGAGUUAAGACCCUAGUCCACAUACUCCUCAGGACCCUGAGUUUCCAAUUCAAGGAUGAUUGCUGACGUGGAUACAGACUCCCCCCGAGAGGUCUUCUUUCGUGUGGCAGCUGACAUGUUUGCAGAUGGCAACUUCAACUGGGGCCGGGUGGUCGCCCUUUUCUACUUUGCUAGCAAACUGGUGCUCAAGGCCCUGUGCACUAAAGUGCCUGAGCUGAUCAGAACCAUCAUGGGCUGGACACUGGACUUCCUUCGUGAGCGGCUGCUUGUCUGGAUCCAAGACCAGGGUGGCUGGGAUGGCCUCCUCUCCUACUUCGGGACCCCCACAUGGCAGACAGUGACCAUCUUUGUGGCUGGAGUCCUUACCGCCUCACUCACCAUCUGGAAGAAGAUGGGCUGAGGCCUCCCACUGCCUUGGACUGUGAAUUUUCUUCAUAAAUUAUGACAUUUUCCUGGGAUGAAUGGGGAAGGGGAAAGGCAUUUUUCUUACUUUUGUAAUUAUUGGGAGGGGUGGGAAUGGUGGCCUGGGGAGGCGCCAAUAAACCUCAGGUCCGUUUGGAUUGUA